AUGGCUCCGGCGCAGGACCAGGACCAGGACCAGGACUGUGGUGACCUGAGGCGGACCACCGUCUUUGGCCUCACUCUCGACCAAGCGGCCACGACAGACGACGCCCAAGAUUGCUGCGUCGUUUGCCUCGAUGCCAUAACGGACCCGUGCGAGGCCCGUCCGUGCGGCCACCGCAACUUUGACUACAUCUGCCUUGUAAGCUGGCUAUUCGAGAACCCACAGUGCCCUCUCUGCAAGGCGCCCGUCGUCAAAGUCACACACGGUCCCGCCCAAGCCCCUACAACGACCUUCUUCAAGCAGAAACCCGCACCGAAAACCGCGGCCCCGGCUUCGGCAAGCAGCGCCGCAGGCGUCCGCGCCCACCGCGUGCGGCCCUACGGAAAUCGAGCAAGCCUGGGCUGCCCUCGGCAGAGGCCUGGUCCUUCCCGGCAUGCCGGCGGCUCAACCGCCACGGCGGCAUCCCAAGCCAUCGCUACUCGACGAGGUGUCUAUCGAAACCGCCUGUUCUCAAAACACGUCGGCUCCAACCGGCUAUCCCGCUACCGGGAACUAACGCCCCAGAUGUUCCUUGCCGACGCGGACCUGGUCUCCCGCGCGAGAAUGUGGACGCGGCGCGAGCUACGGGUGUUUUCCUUCCUAGCUGCCGACAGCGACGCCGACGGAGACGGAGACGCGGAUCGAGACGGAGCCUCGGGACUUGGGAGUGGGGCGACAGCGAGACGCCGCCGCGCGAACAACGCCGAGUUUCUCCUCGAGUACGUCAUCGCUAUUCUCAAAUCGGUGGACAUCAUGGGCAGCCGCGGCCAGGCCGAGGACAUGCUGUCUGAUUUUCUGGGGGCGGAGAACGCAAACAUCUUCCUGCAUGAGCUUCGCGCGUGGCUGCGCAGUCCGUAUACCAAACUGGAGGACUGGGACAGAGCUGUGCAGUACGAUGCCGUGUCUGAGGGGUCCACGCGCGGGGCGGAAGCGUCUGGACAAGGCGUGGGAGCUUCAACCGCCCCGGGUCUUGCAGGACGCGGGGAAAGAGGCGGGCGCAAGGGUGAUUUUUACAGACCAAGGUGUGCGAGACGGCCGACAAGGACGCGAGACGGUUCGACAGUUUGGUCCGUUGGCAGGUGA